AGAAUCGAGGAUGCCACCAAGCGAUAUGCCUGUGAAAACAAUAUAUGCGAACGUGUAAAUUUAGAGACGGAGAGAGAGAGAUUCAAAGGCGUCCAUUCUUUUUCCCGUAAACGAGGACUUUUAUAGAACAAGAGAUUGAACAAUAUUUUACUCAUUCAUUGGAUUCUUUUGUGGAGAAUACCACUUGUUCUUCAAUUGUUUCUUCUCUCUGUGAGGACGCGCUGUAAAGGGAUUUUUUUUGGUUUGCUGCUGGGAUCAGGCUGUCAAUUUUUUGGACAGCCUGAUUUUGAGGUCUUCAACACAAAACGUUUACCCAUAAAUCGGUGGAUGCAAAAUUUUGUUUCUAGGUUUUGUGGGUAGACGAUAAUUCUUCGACACAUUCUUGGCCAUCCUGUUUUUCAUCAUGGCUUCCUUGUCUGGAAUAUUUCAGAGGCCGGUAAUUGCAGCCUCUGCAGUUGCAAUAGCCUCUAUUUCUGCUGACUUUCACGAUAAACUGCGGCCUUCCAGUUCAUCAGAGACCUGUAAUUCCUUGCAACAAUCCUAUCCUUCUGUCUGUGAGUCAUUACAAGAAACAAGUUCGUCUUGGGUGUCCCAGAUAUCUGUUUCCAAGUUAAUGGAUUUGUCUUUUAUCACUAAAAUUCGCACGCCUGUGCCUAAUGUAAGAAUAUCAUUUCCUAACACUGGACCUAAUUGUUGUUCUAUGGUGUCUUCUCCUGUUUUCCUCAAUUUGUAUCAGUCUGCUGAGUUAGCAAAAACUGCCAAACCAUUGUCCUUUUCAUACACUCUUCCUCCAUUGUCAUCGGAUGUUUCAUAUAGAUGGCAUUUGCCAGAGCCAAACUCCAUCGAUGUGUCUGGGGUUUCUGAUUGUUCAUCGGCAAAAUCUAGGACGGUUGUGGUUUUGCUUGGAUGGUUAGGAGCGAAGCAGAAGCAUCUCAAGAGAUAUGCAGAAUGGUAUACCACAAGAGGGUUUCAUGCCAUUACAUUUACUUUCCCGAUGAAUGAGAUACUCAGUUAUCAGGUUGGGGGGAAAGCUGAGCAAGAUAUAGAAUUGCUUGUGAACCAUCUUGCUGAAUGGCUGGAAGAAGAGCACGGAAAGAAUUUGGUUUUUCACACAUUUAGCAACACAGGAUGGCUAGCUUAUGGAGUCAUCUUGGAAAAGUUUCAGAACAAGGAUAUCACACUAGCGGGAAGGAUUAAGGGCUGUAUCGUGGAUUCUGCUCCUGUGGCAGCCCCUGAUCCACAGGUCUGGGCUUCUGGAUUUUCUGCUGCUUUUUUGAAGAAGCAUAGUGUUGCAACUAAAGGUUUCACAAGCUUAAGUGAAGCAAAAGCAGAGGCGACUGAUGGAAGUAGAAAUGUUGUCGAAGCCAAGCCUGCAUUAACUGAAGCAGCUCUUCUACUUGUGCUAGAGAAGUUCUUCGGGUUGGUUUUGAAUUAUCCUUCAAUAAAUAGGAGGCUUUCUGAUGUGUUGAGUGUACUGACACUCCAGCAACCAAGCUGUCCACAGCUAUACAUUUAUAGCUCUGCCGACAAAGUUAUUCCUGCGGGGUCUGUCGAGUCCUUCAUAGAGAAGCAGCGGAGGAGUGGACGUGAGGUCAGAGCUUGUAACUUCAUUUCGACUCCCCAUGUCGAUCAUUUCCGGAAUGACCCUAAAUUGUAUUCUUCGCAACUCACCAAUUUUUUGGAGGAUUGUGUGCUCACUUGUUGCUAACAUUCUUCCUUAAUAGCAUACUAAUUUUUUAAUACAUUUCAUGACCUAAAUAAUCCCAUACACAUAGGUAAAUAGAUGUGGCUUUAAAAGCUUCUGUCCUUUAUUCUUUUGGGGUGUAAGAUUGUCCCUGUACCAUUUAACACUGUACAUGUUUCUUAAUAUUAUUUCCAUAUCAAAAUGCACUUGCUUAUAUUGAUUUAAUGAGAGUAGCUGUCUUGCUUGUUGCAGAAAGUGCGUGUACUUGAAGUAAUUUGCUAUUAUGCUAAAUGUCAAUUGAUUAA